AUGCUCAAACGUGUCGACCACGCGGAGGAUAGUGAGGUAGAAAGACAAGGGGCUGAUGAUCAGGCCCAAAAUAGCGCAGAGAUACAGAAGAAGAGGUUCACGCAUGAGGACUACACAGUCGGAUGGGUUUGCCCUCUGGAGGUCGAGCUUACUGCGGCUCUGCAAAUGCUGGAUGAGGAACACGAGCCCCUACCACAACCUCCCAAUGACCGCAAUAUCUACCAUCUUGGUAGCAUCGCCAGCUACAAAGUCGUCAUUGUUGGAUUGUGGCAAACUGGGAACAACCCGGCCACAGCAGUGGUGACCCAGAUGCGAAUCCGAUUUCCCAGCCUUCGCUUUGCUCUGUUGGUUGGUAUAGGGGGCGGUGUGCCAACGAUAACAGAACGUGGCAUGCUGCGCCUUGGGCAUGUGGUAGUGAGCAAGCCUGUCGGACCAUUCCCAGGAGUGAUCCAAUAUCACAAAGGGAAGGCGAGAGAUGGUGUAUUUGAGCGGACUGGGGCAUUAGCUCCGCCUCCUACAGUUCUUCUCCUUGCUGCACAAUCACUUGCCGCUCAGCGUGCUCGAUCAAAUGAAGACCCUAUCAUGAAGAACAUUCAACGGGUAGACACAAGCAAGCCACAUCUACGACGGUUUGAGUUCCCUGGUAUCGAAAAUGACAGGCUAUUCCCGGCUGAUUACAAGCAUCCCUGCCCUGGACUGUCCUGCGAAGAGAGUGGAUGCGACACAGCACACAUUAUCAAACGCGAGAUACAUGAAGUUGAUGAACUCAUUGUGGUACACCGAGGUACCGUGGCGUCUGGAGAGCUCGUGAUAAAGGACAGUGCACUGAGGGACAAGCUCGCCAAGGAAUACGGAGCCCUGUGUUUCGAAAGGGAGGCUGCUGGAGCGAUGGCCGACUUCCGUUGCCUCGUCAUUCGAGGUAUUUCACACUACUGCGAUUCGCACAAUAACGAUCAGUGGGAGGGUUUUGCAGCGGCAGCAGCAGCAGCAUAUGCUAGGCAGCUGUUCUUCCACAUGCCGAUUGAUGAAGUGAAACUGUCAAUGUUGGUUCAACGCAGUCAUGACAAAGAACGGCAACUGAUUGCUAGCUGGCUUUGCCCAACUGAUUAUCCAUCACAGCAGAGUGCAAAUAUACGUGAGCGACAAGACGGUACUGGACAGUGGAUCUUCGAAACAGAUGCGUUCCGUCAAUGGGAGAAGGAGAAGGGGGUCCUUUUUUGCCCUGGCAUUCCUGGCGCAGGAAAGACGGUACUGACAUCCAUUGUGGUGGACUACCUUCGAGAAAAGCAUGGACAAAACGACGAUAUUGCUUUUGCUUACAUCUUCUGCAAUUUCCAGCAGCAAGAAAACCAGAAGUUAGACACUAUACUGGCAAGUAUCCUGGGGCAGCUCAUACGAGGCCUGUGCCACAUCCCGGAGCAAAUCCAGACGUUUUAUAAGACAUAUCAGAGGAAUGAAAUGCAACCACAGCUUGGUGAUAUUCUGCAGAUGCUGGAUGUCACUUUAAGGUUAUAUUCACAUGUUUAUAUAAUCAUCGACGCAUUGGACGAAUGCUCCGACUUUGACGGAACGCGGACACAUCUGAUUUCCCAUGUCCUCGACCUCCAACGACAUCUCAAUAUUAGCUUCAUGGCAACUGCUAGGUUUCUUCCGGAUAUUAUCUCGAAGUUCCAAAACCUUCCUUCAGUAGAGAUCCGAGCUAGUGACGCAGAUGUGAAACGAUAUGUUGAGAGCAACCUACCCACCAUGGUUCGAAGAAGGUCAGAUAUCCAUGAUUUUGUCAGUUCGGAGAUUCUCAAGAUAGCCGAUGGAAUGUUUUCGAUCGCCAGAGUAUAUUUGGAUUCGUUAAAGGGAAAAUGUAGUAUCACAGCUAUAAAAAAGGCCCUCGACAAAUGCAAGACUGGAUGGGAGGUAUACGAGCAAGCGUAUGAGAAGGUGAUGAAGCAAAUCUGGCAACAAAUAGGAGAUCGAGCCGAACUCGCAAAGCGAGCAUUGGCUUGGCUGACCUUUGCGCGGCGCGCUCUUACACUGACAGAACUCCAGCAUGCUCUGGCUGUCGUGGUUGGAGAAAGUUCAUUUGAUGAAGAAAAUUUGCCAGAUGUGGAGGAGAUGAUCUGUUCCUGUUCGGGACUGAUCAUAUACAAUGAGAAGGAUCAUAUCGUCAGCUUGGCUCACUACACAAUGCAAGAAUAUCUGGAGAAGACAUGGACGUCUUGGUUUCCAAACGCCCAUCGCUCUAUCGGUGAGGUAUGCGUCACCUAUCUUUGUUAUGAUGAUUUCGAGGGCAGGGGAUGUGGGCGCGAGUAUAACUACGAAGAAAGGUGUCGAAAGUACCCUUUGUAUGCAUACGCAACGGAAAGCUGGUUGUAUCAUGCCAGGAAGCAACCUCUCAAUCACUCCCUUGUUGGGAAACUGUUGAUGAGCGACGAGAAGUUCGAUGCGUGGGUCCAGAGUCUAAAAGAGGAAACAACACGUCUUCAAUUGGCGGUUGAGUUAGGCCUUGAGGACGAGGUAGAGGCGCUGCUCAAUAACCGCUAUCAGGUUAAUGCAAGAGACCGGUGUUUGUCCACUGCCUUCCAGAUUGCCGUCGGGAAGGGUCAUGAAAGGCUGGCAAUGCUUCUACAUCGCUAUGGGGCGAGGCCUGUGGCGGACAUGUAUACCGCGGCUAAAAUUGGGUGUGAAUCCAACUUCCUUGGCCAGGGGGGAGAGAUGAAUCUCAAGGACGGUCAUGUCUGGACCAUGCUAGCCGACGCUAGAGCCAGUACCGAUUCCAGGAAUAUAGACACCACCACAUACGGCCUUACCCCAUUGUGUUUAGCAGCGAAGAAUGGUCAUCCUGCGGGGGUUCGACUCUUGCUCGAAGAGGGCGCAAAUCCUAAUCUUCCAGACAAAAACGGCACUACUCCACUGAUGCACGCCUUAGCAGAAGGGCAUAGCGAAGUAGUGUAUCUCCUACUUGAAGCAGGCGCGCAAAAGGAGAGCACUCCGUUAGAAGUCGCGGUUGAGAACAACAAGAAGUCUGCGAUUCGAAACCACUUGGCGCACGGCGCCAAUUACGAUCUCCAGGCCAGGGAGUCCUCUUUAUCAUGGACAAUCAAUAACAGACAUCAAGAGGCUGUCUAA